AUGCUGAAGAGAAACGGUGUAGACAUCAGAAUGUGUAACGACUACCGACUUUUGAAUUUGCUCAGCAAACUAUCCUGCUAUUCCCUCCCGCUAAUUGAUGAUUUGCUAGUGGACUUUGAAUCUGCAAUGUGGUUUAAGCGUCUCGACAUGGCAAGUGGGUUCUGGGCGGUGCGUAUGACUGAACGUGUGAAACUGCUCUGCGUUCGUUUGCCCGUUCGUGUCAUCAAUAACUGUCUUUGGGGAUUCGUACGCUUGCCUCCUGAAGACGAAGCAAAGGUUGACCCAGAGGUCCUAAAGUUUUUGAAUCUUAAGUCUCAGGAAUCUCUGGACAUGAAAGGGAAAAGGGAGGAACUCAGAGAUUCAGUGGAAAACUUAGAGGUUCCACCAUUAGAAUUGACUGUAUUCAGAUGCAAUAUUCCGGCUCCGUCACAAAUGGGUCCGGUCUUGGGGAGAAGCUCAUAUCCUGACGAUAUCGCUCAUGGGGCGUCGACCUGGUACCAACUAUGUGAAGACCUGGGUGCGUUGCUAUACAGACUGCGAUAUUGGAAUACUUCUGUAAGUCUACCAAAAAGCGAAUUUGGAAAGUCGACUAUCCCCUUCCUUUCUCAUGAAGUAAGUUCGGACGGUUUGCCAAUAGUUGCCGCCGUGCUCUACGAACUCGAUGAAGAACGCGUGCGUGCUGGACGGAAUGUGGAAGCUGCGAAGAAAUCCUUCGAGAUUCUGAAACGGACGAUUGUAUCGACACUGCUGUUACGGCAUCCAGACAGGACCAAGCCGUUUGUGACUAUUCCUCAUGCGAAUACCUGGUCCGCUUGCGCAGUCUUGGGACAGGAACACGAUGGUCUCGUACACCCAGUGCGUUUCACGGGCAGAGUACUGAAGAAAUCGAAGUUAAGCUACCAUAUAACCGAGAAGGAGGUGCUCGCAAUCCUGCGGACUCUUGGAAGUGUUCAGACCCCUGAUCUAUUGUACAGAAUUCCCGGUGAUAGUGUAUACCCGGUAUUCCGUAUUGAAGUGGUUGCUAGGGUCCUGCGUCGCGGAUGGGCGACAUCCAAAAUGGGGUUUAGAAUUAAGUGGACUCUGGAAAUCCAUCGAAUCCGGAAAGAUGUGGGCGGCCUUGCAGCUAUCCUCGGAUCUGGAAUCACUCCAAGAGAACAUUCAGCUGAAGUUGCAGAAACCUUGAUUCCCGCAGAGGGGCGUCUACAAGGGAUGCCCCCAGGGAGUCUGGAAAUACUGGAUGCAGAUUAUCAAGGCUACAUUCUGAGCGUUGACGGUACUGCAAAAGUUUCUACUCGCCAAGGAAGUUGUGAAUGUAUCCAGUGGAAGUUGCCAGGAUGGCAGGUUGUGAAAGCUGAAUGA